GGGUGAGUUCUCGCUCUCUGGAGGGACAUGUGGGUUGCUGAAGGAGUUAAGAUGUCUCUUACCAAACCCUGGCCCUCCCCAUCCCUGCAUCUGCCUUCGUGGCUUUAACGAGAAACCCAGGCGCUUCAUAAGAGACUGUACAAAUAACUUCUAGGGCGCCACUAACUCAUUCAGCAGAAAGAGACCCAGGGCUGCCAAUGUUUCAGGGAAGAUAAGUGAGUGGAAAAAAGGUGGUUUUUAUAGCGUCAGGCGGACAGAAGGAUUUGCGUGGUUGAGCGUGAGCUCCGCCCCUGCAGCAGGGCUGAGAAAAACCAGGAUCCGGGUUCCUCAGCCCCUCUUCACAAUAUUUGAUUAGGAAUUUGGGGCGGGACCCUGGUCUGGCACAGGCACGCACACUCUCAGUAGACUCUUUCACUCCUCUCUCUCUUCCUCUCUCACACGUUCUCCAACCCAAGGAGGCCAGACAGAGGGACGUGGUCACUCUCUGAAAGGUUCAACUCGAGAGACAAAAUGCAGUGGACCUCCCUCCUGCUGCUGGCAGGGCUCUUCUCCCUCUCCCAGGCCCAGUAUGAAGAUGACCCUCAUUGGUGGUUCCACUACCUCCGCAGCCAGCAGUCCACCUACUACGAUCCCUAUGACCCUUACCCGUAUGAGACCUACGAGCCUUACCCCUAUGGGGUGGAUGAAGGGCCAGCCUACACCUACGGCUCUCCAUCCCCUCCAGAUCCCCGCGACUGCCCCCAGGAGUGCGACUGCCCACCCAACUUCCCCACGGCCAUGUACUGUGACAAUCGCAACCUCAAGUACCUGCCCUUUGUUCCCUCCCGCAUGAAGUAUGUGUACUUCCAGAACAACCAAAUCACCUCCAUCCAGGAAGGCGUCUUUGACAAUGCCACAGGGCUGCUGUGGAUUGCUCUCCAUGGCAACCAGAUCACCAGUGAUAAGGUGGGCAGGAAGGUCUUCUCCAAGCUGAGGCACCUGGAGAGGCUGUACCUGGACCACAACAACCUGACCCGGAUGCCCGGUCCCCUGCCUCGAUCCCUGAGAGAGCUCCAUCUCGACCACAACCAGAUCUCACGGGUCCCCAACAAUGCUCUGGAGGGGCUGGAGAACCUCACGGCCUUGUACCUCCAACACAAUGAGAUCCAGGAAGUGGGCAGUUCCAUGAGGGGCCUCCGGUCACUGAUCUUGCUGGACCUGAGUUAUAACCACCUUCGGAAGGUGCCUGAUGGGCUACCCUCAGCUCUUGAGCAGCUGUACAUGGAGCACAACAAUGUCUACACCGUCCCCGAUAGCUACUUCCGGGGGGCGCCCAAGCUGCUGUAUGUGCGGCUGUCCCACAACAGUCUAACCAACAAUGGCCUGGCCUCCAACACCUUCAAUUCCAGCAGCCUCCUUGAGCUAGACCUCUCCUACAACCAGCUGCAGAAGAUCCCCCCAGUCAACACCAACCUGGAGAACCUCUACCUCCAAGGCAAUAGGAUCAAUGAGUUCUCCAUCAGCAGCUUCUGCACCGUGGUGGACGUCGUGAACUUCUCCAAGCUGCAGGUGCUGCGCCUGGACGGGAACGAGAUCAAGCGCAGCGCCAUGCCUGCCGACGCGCCCCUCUGCCUGCGCCUUGCCAGCCUCAUCGAGAUCUGAGCAGCCCUGGCACCGGGUACUGGGCGGAGAGCCCCCGUGGCAUUUGGCUUGAUGGUUUGGUUUGGCUUUUGCUGGAAGGUCCAGGAUGGACCAUGUGACAGAAGUCCACGGGCACCCUCUGUAGUCUUCUUUCCUGUAGGUGGGGUUGGGGGGGGCGAUCAGGGACAGGCAGCCUUCUGCUGAGGACAUAGGCAGAAGUUCACUCUUUUCCAGGGACAGAAGUGGUGGUAGAUGGAAGGAUCCCUGGAUGUUCCGACCCCAUAAAUCUCACGACUCUUAAGUUCUUCCCAAUGAUCUGAGGUCAUGGAACUUCAAAAGUGGCAUGGGCAAUAGUAUAUAACCGUACUUUUCUAACAAUCCCUGGCUGUCUGUGAGCAGCACUUGACAGCUCUCCCUCUGUGCUGGGCUGGUCGUGCAGUUACUCUGGGCUCCCAUUUGUUGCUUCUCAAAAUAUACCUCUUGCCCAGCUGCCUCUUCUGAAAUCCACUUCACCCACUCCACUUUCCUCCACAGAUGCCUCUUCUGUGCCUUAAGCAGAGUCAGGAGACCCCAAGGCAUGUGAACAUCUGCCCAGCAACCUGUGGAGACAACCCACACUGUGUCUGAGGGUGAAAGGACACCAGGAGUCACUUCUAUACCUCCCUAACCUCACCCCUGGAAAGCCACAAGAUUGGAGGUCACCAGCAUGAUGAUGAUAUUCAUGACCUGAUGUGGGAGGAGACAGCCAACCUCAGGCUUAGAUCAAUGUAUAGGGCUAUAUUUUGGCAGCUGGGUAGCUCUUUGAAGGUGGAUAAGACUUCAGAAGAGGAAAGGCUAGGCUUUGCUUAUCAUCAGCAUCUGCAAUGGGCCAAACACACCUCAAAUUGGCUGAGUUGAGAAAGCAGCCCCAGUAGUUCCAUUCUCGCCCAGCACUUUCUGCAUUCCAAACAGCAUCCUACCUGGGUUUUUAUCCACAAAGGUAGCAGCCACAUGGUUUUUAAAGUAUGAGAAACAUAGUUUGUCCUCUCCUUUUAUCCAAGCAGGAAGAUUCUAUAUCCUGAUGGUAGAGACAGACUCCAGGCAGCCCUGGACUUGCUAGCCCAAAGAAGGAGGAUGUGGUUAAUCUGUAACACCUGGUUGUCCUAAGGCCAUAGUUAAAAAGUACCAGCUCUGGCUGGGGUCCAUGAAGCCCAGGCCAGGCAGCCAAAUCUUGCCUGUGCUGGGCAUACAACCCUCUGCUUUCACAUCUCUGAGAUAUAUCCUUAUUAGUGAAGAUGGCUUUUGCUUUAUAGUUUGGCUGAGGAGCACUUAAUUCUUCCCAUUUCAAAAGGUAAUGUUGCCUGGGGCUUAACCCACCUGCCCUUUGGGCAAGGUUGGGACAAAGCCAUCUGGGCAGUCAGGGGCAAGGACUGCUGGAGGAGAGUUAGCCCAAGUCUGGGCUCUGCCCAGAUGCCAUCACAUCCCUGAUACUGUGUAUGCUUUGAAGCACCUUCCCUGAGAAGGGAAGAGGGGAUCUUUGGACUAUGUUCUUGGCUCCAGACCUGGAAUCCACAAAAGCCAAACCAGCUCAUUUCAACAAAGGAGCUCUGAUGUGAGGGGCAAGGCUGCCCCCUGCCCCAGGGCUCUUCAGAAAGCAUCUGCAUGUGAACACCAUCAUGCCUUUAUAAAGGAUCCUUAUUACAGGAAAAGCAUGAGUGGUGGCUAACCUGACCAAUAAAGUUAUUUUAUGAUUGCA